AUGGCGCCCAAACCGCCGUCAAGCUCAAAAUCAUCCGCGAAGAAUCCCAAAGCGCGCAAGUCUGCCACCACUACAGGGCCAUCCUCGAAGAAGUCCAAAAUCACAAAACGGCCACCGCCAAAACAGGUCAAAACUCGCCCCGGCGUGCAUUCCCAAACAUCAACACAGGGCACGAAGCCAUCCAAGCGCAAAAAUCAAAAGACUUACACCGACAAGGACCUCAAUCUCCCGGCCCUCAACAUGAUAACGCCCGUGUCCGCACCCGAGAACCCCACCUCUCACGCCCGCAAGGGAGGCACGGGGAAGAAGAAGAACAAGAUCUACAUUGACGACGAGGAAUCCAUGCGCACGAUCCUGGCCAUGGUCAACGCGGAGAAGGAAGGGCAGAUCGAGAGCAAAUUGAUCAAGGCGAGGCAGAUGGAGGAAAUCAGAGAGGCGCGGAGGAAGGAGAUGGAGAAGAGGAAAGAGAGUAAGAGGGAGGAGCUGGAAGGUGUCAAAAAGGGGUUGAAGAAAGGGAAGAAGGCAAAAAGAGAGAGGGACACGGGAAACGAUCAGGAAGGAAAUGGACAAUCCAACACCAAGACAAAGACCAAGAAGCGAGUCUCGUUUGCGUGA